AUGGCUCGUCGCAUCGACGAAGAUAAACACAAAUGGUCAUCACGACAGCCAAGGUCACAAAGCAGGAGACCUUCAAGGAACAUAGUUCAUGUAAGACCUGGACCUGUACGUUCUUGCCAAAAUCUUUUAGAUCCACUUCAGUGCUUUUCAUCUUUCAUUACUGACAAUAUGAUUGAUUUAAUUGUAACCCACACCAAUGCAGAGAUAGCAAUAAAAUCUCGAAAAUAUAAAGCAGUGAAAUCCACUCAGAGACCGACUAAUGCUAAUGAAAUUAGAGCUCUCAUAGGCAUUCUUCCAUUAUCUGCAGCAAUAAAAGAUAAUCAUUUACCGUCUAGAGAGUUGUUUAACAACACAUUCUGUGGAAAUCGAUAUUGUAGUACAAUGACUUGUGAAAGGUUUGAUUUGCUAAUAAACUGCCUAAGAUUUGACGACAAGUCUACUCGUCAAGAACGGAGGUUAACCGAUGUGUUCGCUCCCUUUCGAGAUAUUUGGGAUCUUUUCAUAGCUAAGUGUCGAGAGAACUAUAAAUCUGGAUGCUAUCUUACCAUUCAUAAACAGCUGUUAGGUUCCAGAGGCAGAUGCCCCUUUCAUAAUUCUACAAAGUAUAUGGUAGAUGCAGAGCCUUAUCUAGGUUCUUUUACUAAAACAGAUGGAGUACUACUUGCCAAAGGUUUAGUAAAAGAACCAUAUAAGCUCACAUUGGUUGGAACUCCACGAGCAAACAAACGGGAGAUACCGGUAGAAUUUCAGAAUGAACGCACUAGAAGAACUGGAACAGCUUCGUUCUGUUAUGAUAACGAACUCACACUACUUUCCUACAAAGCAAAGCCCCAAAAAGUUUUAUUCCUACUAUCAACAUGUCACGAAGAGGGAACCAUCAAUGAGCAUACUUAA